GGUAAAAGAAGCCAAUUGAAACCAUUGGCGCCCAACUCUUUUGCUCCUCAAAAAUCCGGUUGCAAGGAGUUUUCUUCCCCUUAAACCUCUCUCUCUCUCUCUGUCUCUAUAAAUGGGGUUAUUGGCUUUAUGGGUAUGGAAUAAAAAAUGGCCAGAUUUCCUCAUAAGCAUACUUCUUCAUAUUCCUCUGCAACAAAGUUGGUUUUUUUAACUUUCAUCGUAGGUCUGCUUGCUGUGGCCUUCGUUGCUGAUUUCCUUUGGGCUUCGUCCUCUUCUUCUUCUUCUUCUUCUGCAUAUUUCUCUGUUGCAUCCAAUUGGGCGCUUGAGAAAACUGGGAUUUUAGUUGUGCCAAAUGCAAAUUCCAGAAAAGUUGGCAGGAAAGAAGGUCUUAAACAUAAAAAGGAACAUGGUCCUGAGAGAUUCUUAUCUGCAACUUUUGCUGAUUUACCUGCACCUGAUUUACAAUGGGAGGCAAUGCCACCAGCACCGGUGCCUCGUCUUGACGGAUAUGCAAUACAGAUAAAAAAUCAUUUGUAUGUCUUUGCAGGAUAUGGCUCUCUUGACCAUGUGCACUCUCAUGUGGAUGUGUUCAAUUUUACUGAUAAUACAUGGGGAGGAAGGAUUGAUAUGCCCAAGGAGAUGGCACAUUCACAUUUAGGAAUUGCAACUGAUGGAAGAUACAUAUACAUUAUAUCAGGACAAUAUGGUCCACAAUGCAGAGGACCUACGGCUCGAUCAUUUGUGCUAGACACUGAGACAAAGAAAUGGAGGAGCAUGCCCCCUCUACCUUUCCCUAGGUAUGCUCCAGCAACUCAGUUAUGGAGAGGCAGACUUCAUGUGAUGGGCGGCAGCAAAGAGAACCGCCACACGCCUGCGCUAGAGCACUGGAGUCUAGCAGUAAAGGAUGGAAAAGCAUUGGAGAAACAGUGGCGGUCUGAAAUACCCAUUCCCCGUGGUGGACCUCAUAGGGCUUGUAUUGCGGCCGAUGAUCGCCUUUUUGUUAUUGGUGGUCAAGAAGGUGAUUUUAUGGCAAAACCUGGGUCACCCAUUUUUAAGUGCUCACGCAGAAAUGAGGUAGUUUACGGUGAUGUAUACAUGUUGGAUGAUGAAAUGAAGUGGAAAGUUUUACCUCCAAUGCCAAAACCCAACUCUCAUAUAGAGUGUGCAUGGGUAAUUGUAAACAAUUCAAUUAUCAUCACUGGAGGAACGACAGAAAAGCACCCAGUAACCAAGAGGAUGAUGCUGGUUGGGGAAGUUUUCCAGUUCGAUCUAGACUCACUGACUUGGUCUGUGAUUGGGAAGCUUCCUUACAGAGUGAAAACCACACUAGCUGGUUUCUGGGAUGGUUAUUUGUAUUUUACGUCCGGACAGCGGGACAGGGGACCGGAUAACCCACAGCCAAGGAAAGUCAUUGGCGAUAUGUGGAGAACUAAAUUGAGUUUGUGAAUUUUAAUCUGUCUGACUCCGACAAUUGGGGCAUUUUUUCAAUUUUGCCCCUUUGCUUUGCUUAUUUGUUCAAUAGGAUUAUCGGUUAAACUUCAUGUACACAAGACAAUUGAUAUCAAAGUCUUUAACCUACCUCUAGCCAAGGAAA